CUGCAACACUUGAUUUUAUCUACAAGGCUUUUUUUACCAGGAACUGGAGCUGUGCCUAUACCCCACUUAUGGUGCUUAAAAAACCCACCAAGACCCCCAACAGUAUAGAAUUAAUUCUGCAAAAAUUAUUUCCUUUAGGGUAGCAUCUAUCAUUAUUUUUUCGAGGGAUCGCUGAAGGAAAGUGUAUAUAGUUGUUGAAAAAGUUUGACUUUUUAAACAGUUAAACAGACAACUUAAUGCAUUUAUAUAUAAAUGUCACAAUAUACUACCAAACGAUAUCGUUGUAUAGUUUAUCAUAAUGGACUGAAUGUUUAUGUGUAGUGAAAUUGGAUGUAUCAAAUUCUUGCCAUGGAUGAUUAUUACUGUACAUUAUCUAGCACUUUAUCAACAUUAAUAUUUCUAGAAUAAAUAAUGAACUCUGCUUUGCAGAACACAGCACAAAGCAUUUGGAAAAAACAUUCCUUUACUCUUAUGCGUGGAACUUCAAAUAUUGUUACGAAACAUCUAUUGCAUGUUGCUUCUCAGUUGGAAGAAGAAAUUGAACGAAAGAACCAGAAAGAUUUCAAGAAAAGUUCUCCUUUCAAAAAUAUUUCUUUAGUUACUCCAAAAACAUUUACAAAGUUUUUAUUUACUGAACUAAAAUUAAAAAGUGAUGAAGUGGAUGAAAACACUGAACCUGGAAUUGAACUUCUCCGAAAUAUUGCAUCUAAUUAUGAUUACUGGAUUCCACGAAAUAAUCAGUCUCUACUCCUUUACUAUAGACUGCAGAUGCUUCUACAAAGGAUUUCAUUUCUAAAGACAGUAGGACUCACGCCACAGCAAAAGUUGAAACAUAUUGAAAAGUAUCCACCUCUGUUGCUUUUUUCCUUUACUGAUUGCUCGUAUGAGGCUAAGAUGCUUUAUUUACGUGGAUUGGUUAAUAAAACUGGAAACACAUUUUUACAUCUCUUUUAUCCAGUCACAAAUAAGAUUACUGCUUCAAAAUCAGACAUUGAACAAAGAAUAGCUACAGUGGAAUCUCACCUUCGGAUCAAGCAACCAGCUGUUAUUCGACAACUGCUUAACAUGCCGUGUUUUUUCAUGGAACCAUCCCUGCUAAAAGAUGUUGACCACAUGUUAAUUCACAAACAUUCUUUGCCAUUUCAGUAUGACAUUGAUCAACAUACAUUACAUGUUUUACCACCUGUGUGCGAUUUGCCUUCUCUUCGUCUUUCCCCUGUUAAACAUUUCAGCAACAAAGCGAAUAACCAAACAAUUUCUAACCUUCCCACAUAUAAAUUAGAUGACAUAUUAGAUUAUCGAUACCCACAAGACAAUGGCAAAGGAAAUCCUGAAUGUUUAUCAACUUUUUUAGUCAAAGCGGAGAAGGAAGAAGAAAAAGAUCGAACUGGAGGACAACCACUGAAAGGAAUACGUGGGUUUAAUGUUCCUCCAAGACAAUACUAGUUAUCUACUUUUUGUAUUUUUAUACCAUUUUGUUGCAGAGAAUUAAAUUUGUUCAUUUA